UAUUAAUUAUCAAAAAUUUCAUCAAAAUCAUGGAGAAAAAUUCAGACCUAAUCAAAGAUAAAUCAAUUAAAAAACUCAGAGACGAAGCAGAGAAGCUUGCUGAAGAAGCUCUCCAAGACAUGCUCAAAUCCGAAAACUCUUCCCCAAAACCCAAACCUAAAAAACGAGAUCUCAAAAGCAAGUAUAAAUCCACUCAAAAUACCCUCCACCUCAUCCCCUCACCACCCAACACUGCAUCCCCCAACCCCUCAAAUUCCCCAUCCUCCACUCCACUUCCUAACCCCCCUUCUUCCAAAUUCCCCACAGAAUCUGACGGCUCUAUCAAAUUCGCAGUCACGACUAAGAAAUUUGUGAAGGCGAAGAAGUUUAGAGGAAAGUUGUACGUGGAUUUUAGGAAUUAUUUUGAGAAAGAUGGUAGCAUGCUUCCUACGAAGAAAGGGAUAGCGUUGGAUGAGGGAAAGUGGGAGAAGCUCAAAUCGUUAAUGCCUGAGAUAAAUGAUGCGGUGAAGGGACUUUUGUAAUAUUGUUUUUAGUGGAAAUAAGUAUUUGAGUGAAGGUUUUUGAUGGAUUUUAGGAAUUG